AUGAGUUCGGGGAGAGUGUGCCACUUCAAGCUGGUGUUGCUCGGGGACACGGCGGUGGGGAAGUCAUGUCUCGUUGUGCGUUUUGUGAGGGACGAGUUCUUCGAGUACCAAGAACCCACGAUCGGAGCCGCGUUCCUGACACAAAAGGUGCAGCUCGAUGACGCGACUGUAAAAUUCGAGAUUUGGGAUACCGCUGGGCAGGAGCGAUACCGUAGCCUCGCACCCAUGUACUACCGGGGGGCGGCGGCGGCGAUCGUGGUGUACGACGUUACGAACAAGGAGUCUUUCAACGGUGCUAAGUCGUGGGUGAAGGAGCUGCAGCGUAGAGGAGACCCGAACGUGAUUAUCGCGCUCGCGGGCAACAAGGCUGACCUCGAGCAUCGCAGGCAAGUGCAGUCGGAAGAGGCUCGCCUGUACGCGGAAGACAACGGUCUGAUUCACAUGGAAACCUCGGCCAAGAGCGCGCAAAACGUCAAGAGCAUUUUCGUCGAGAUCGCCCAAAAGCUACCGAAGGCCACGGUGCAGCCAGAGAGGGAAGCGUUCCCCAUCAUGCGGCCGAGGACGGAGCAAAAAUCUGGAUGCUGCUGAGACCAACGGGAGUACCACCCCUCCCCCCACCGUUCUCGUCACCCCAGCCCGUCCCUCUCUUUUCGCAGGAGCUUCACACAGCAGUGUUUGUUGUUGGUGUAGAAGUUUGGUGCCAUUCUCCGGCCUAUCAGCAUUCACCCCCCGGUUCAACAUGGCCCGUGGGGCUACAGCAGUUCUUGGAAGUUUGAUGGCUGUUGGGGCGUGGGGUGCACACAGCUUGGGGUGGGAAUCAAUCUGGUUCGUCUGCGAACAGGCAGAAAUAUUCGACCGACGUCAAGAUUGGGUAGAUAGCUGUGACAAGACAUGGCACCGCUAGCUUUGU